AUGAAGCUGACCCGGUUGCUUUCGGCAAAGCCGCCGCAGCCGUUGGUGGGAAUGUGGCAAGAUCCGUUGUUCGGUUACUUCGAGACACACGGAAAGAUGGAGUUCAAACCGGGUGAGGAUUACGGCCUGACCGAAGCACAGAAGAAAGCGGUUAUGGAGCGCUAUCGCAGAAAGGAGAUCCUGAAGCGCGAAUAUUUGUUGCGCGAGUUCGACCCGCUAAAGUACAAAUAUAUCGAAGGAUGUAUCGUGGACCCGUGUAUGUUUCGUUGGUAUGCAGCUGACAUGCAAGGCUCGGAACGAUUCUUUUUAACUCCGAAGUCAUUCUUCUACGGUUUAGGAUGGUUUCUGCUAGUUUGUUACUUGUUUUGCCGCUGGAACCAUAAUGAUGCGGUAUGUUUUUGGUUUAUUUCUCAGAACAACAUUUAG